GACGAGUGGCAGCCUCCAUCUGCACAAGUGAUUUGUCCAGGGCUGGGUCAUCAGGAGGAUUCUGGCAUGGGCCUGCAGCCACGCGUCUUCCUCCUGGGGCUGCUCUUGCUUCUGGGGCGAGGACCCACCCAGGCCCACACCUCGCCUGGAGAGAACACGGAAGAGCAACAAUCGCCCGAGUUGCAGACACUGAAGAAUUUUCCAUUCCCAUGCAACUCAGAGAAGUCAGGAUCCAGCGUGCCUCCUAAGUCAGUCCACUCUGUGAGACCUUCUGAUAUUAAAUUUGUGGCAGCCAUGGGCAAUGUGGAAACUCCUCCAGACUCAGGGACCGUCGACCUGGAGAAGCAAAAACGGACUGACCGAGGGCCACAGCAGACGUGCAUAGAAGUGGUGACAGUCCUUUCAGACGUCAUCAGAUAUUUCAACCCCUCUGUUCUGAGGCCCCUGUGUGUUCCUGGGAAGAGAGUGGUACCCCACCCUGGUGUUGAAGACUGGCAGGCGCAGGCAGAAGAACUGGUGAGGAGCAUGAAGGAGGACCAGCAAUUUGAUUUUCAAAAUGACUGGAAGCUCAUCAAUGUGUUUUUCCGUAACUCAAGCCGGGAUCACCUCUGUCCCUCCACCCAACAGCAGAGGCACGUGGCGGGAGGCCUGGAUGUGCUAGCUGGGGCUCUGGACUACCUGCACCAGGAGGUCCCCAAAGCAUUUGUGAACCUGGUGGAUCUCUCUGAGACUCUCAUGGUCUCUCCCUGGGACCAAGGGACUCAGCUCAGCAGCCCCACGGCAGAGCCCUGCAGGGACUCAGGGGAGACCUCGAAGCUUUCCAAGGUGGUGACACAGUGGUCCUAUCAGGAGAGCUGGGACCGUCUCCUGGCCUCCAGCAAGUACAACGAACAGGAGUCCUUUGCGGUGGUUUUCCAGCCUGCCUUCUACGAGACCCCACCUUCGGGGGAGCAACCACUCCAGGAUCCCAGCACACUCGCCUUGAAUCUCUGGAACACCAUGAUGAAGCCAGCAGGACAGAAAGACGAACCAUUCGGUGCAAGAGAGAGAAGGCCAGUGACAUGUCCCUCUCAGGAGAAUCCCUAUCUGUUCACCUACAACAACAGCAACUACCUGCCCAGGCUGCCAAAAUCUCAGGAGAGGCUUGAGGUGAGAGACGGAACGGAAAUCCUGUGUCCUGACAAGGACCCCUCCGACACAAUUCCCACCUCAGCUAUGGCUCCCAUGGAGGAGGCAAUUGCCUCCUCCGUGGAGGCAAUCGUUGCUAUCAUUGACCACUGUGUGCCAGGCAUUCUGGACACUGUUUCUUUCACUUCUCAAGAGGUACAUGGUUCCACUGAGGGGACUCACCAGCUGGUUGAGAACGGUCGGUACGACACAAGAGAGGAUUUUACGGUGGUCGUGCAGCCAUUCUUCGAAAAAGUGGACAUGCCAAAGACGUCGGCGGGGCUGCCCGACAGCUCUUUUUUUGCUCCUGACUGUUUCCACUUCAGCGGCAAAGCUCACGCUUACGUGGCCAGCGCCCUCUGGAACAACAUGCUGGAACCUGUUGGCCAGAAGACAACACAGCACAGUUUUGAAUACAAGAUCAAUAUCACCUGUCCGAACCAGUUCUGGCCGUUUCUGAGCACCUACAAGAACAGAAUGCAGAGUCAUGGGAGCCAGCUGCCAUGCAGGGACAGAGCCCCUUCUGCCUCGACGCCCACCUCAGUGCACAACCUGAGAGCGGCAGAUAUCCAAGUCGUGGCUGCGCUGGGGGACUCUCUGACUGCUGGCAAUGGAAUUGGUUCCAAACCAGAUGACCUUUCUGAUGUCACCACUCAGUAUCGGGGACUGUCAUAUAGUUCAGGAGGGGAUGACUCCCUGGAGACCGUGACCACCUUACCGAAUAUCCUUCGGAAGUUUAACAGAAAUCUCACGGGCUAUGCGGUGGGCAAGGGCGAGGCCAACGACACAAAUGCCUUCCUCAAUCAGGCUGUUCCUGGAGCAAAGGCUGAGAAACUUAUGAGCCAAGUCCAGACUCUGGUACAAAGGAUGAAAGAUGACCACAGAGUGAAUUUCCACGAGGACUGGAAGAUUAUCACGGUGCUGAUUGGAGGCAGUGACUUAUGUGAUUACUGCACAGAUUCGAAUCUGUAUUCUGCAACCAACUUUUUUGACCAUCUCCGCAACGCCUUGGACAUCCUACAUAGAGAGGUGGGUGGAGGCUCCGACAAGCUGGACCCAGCUCAAGCAUGUGGCGGGGGGGAGUGUGGAGAGAGGGGGUCAGGUGGAGAUCCUCCUCCGACAGGGAGGUCUCGGCCACUGUGGAGGAAAUCCCGGUUUCCUUUCUCUCUUCAGCUGGAGCCGGUGGGCCAGAAGACAACCUCCAACAACUUCACCCACAGCCGAACCAAACUCAAGUGCCCCUCUCCUGAGAGCCCUUACCUCCACACCCUGAGGAACAGUCAGCUCCUCCAAGACCAGGCUGAAGCGGGCCCCAACGUGCUGAACUGGGCCGUGCCAGUGGCAGCAGGAGGCGGCCUUGUCCUUGGGGUUGGCACCAUGAUGGUCUGGAGAGUCGUAAGAGGUCGCCAGCAGGAAAAUCUUCCAAUGAGCCUGAACACUAUGAGCUUCUAGGCCUCCCGCCAGGUGCGGUGCUCAUCCUAAAUGCCCCAGCCUCACUCCUCACCAGCCCUCUACCUCAGCCACCUUGGGCACCGCGGAGAGCAUUUGCUUCAACGCCUGGCGACAUCGGAAGCCAAAGGGACAGUCACGACUCCUUGGGGCCUGGGGCCUACGCUCCUAGAAUUGCCAAAUUCAAAUAAAGGCCAAAGCCAUUC